AUGGAGAUCCCCUUAGCCUGUGCACUCCUUGAAUACGAAAAACCUAAGAAACAGGUUAGUCGGACUUGGGGGAUAACCGAUGAAUCCAUCGGUGAUCCCCUGGCGAGACGAGCUGAAGCAAUUCUACGACAAAAUGCACCUUACCCUGGGGAUGAUCUUGGGAAAGAAGAGACUCUAUCUUCAGAACGGUUCUUGAUCUAUAGAACGUCAGAGACCCGUCACCUCAUAAUGGACAGGGCAUCUCACCUGGAGGAUGACAUCGAGAUCCCCUUGUUUCUGCUGAAUAACCCGAAUUUCUUCAUUAGCAACUGGUACAUGAAGAGAUUAGCGUGGCCAUUGGACGUACCGAGGUUUAUGCUGCGCUAUAUGCAGCAGCGAACUCCAAUGGGAGAUGCAAUUGCUGAGAGGGUAGCAUCUAUGUUAAACACCGAAGUCCGGCUCCCCGGGGAAUCCAGCCCGGAUCGCUUCUAUUGCCAUCGAGUCGGGUAUGAGAACGAAAAUGUCUACGAGAUAUUCGACCAGGAGCUUAACUUUUAUGUUUGCGCGGAUGACCGGUUCCUUAGCAAUGAGAAACUGAAUGUUAGCCAUUGGUAUGCCAAACACUUGCUUAAAGCUUACCGAAAGUUGAACGGCCUGAUGGUGGCAAAAGAACUAGAAUGGGAGAAUAACCAUCUUAGAUUACUG